AUGCCGGAGCCCUCGGGGGGCCCCCGCCCCGCUGGGGCCGCCGGCGUCAAGAAAUCUCCCGCUGCUGCUGCUGCUGCUGCUGCUGCUCCUGCUGCUGCUGCUGCUGACAGCAAAACCCACCUGUACUACGGGAAGAUCAGCGAAGUGGGGAAUGCUGCUGCUGCUGCAGUGCUGGAGGAGGGCCCGCCCGCGGGGCCCCCCGCAGCAGCAGCAGCAGCAGCAGCAGCAGCAGCAGCAGCAGGACCGCAGCAGCAAGAAAGACUCAAGGCCUUUCAAGUGCAGCAAACUGCAGCUUCUUUUAAAACAGCAGUUCCCACAAUUGACUCGGAUGUUCGAGAGGCCCUCAGGGGUAUGGGCGAGCCGGUGACUUUGUUUGGCGAAGGGCCUUUCGAGCGGCGGUCGCGUUUGAAAGCUCUUGUUGCUGCUGGUCGGGAGUUGCCUUCGGGUGUAUGUACACCGCAGCAGCAGCAGCAGCAGCAGCAGCAGCAGCAGCAGUUGCUGCAGCCGGCGGCGCGGGUGAUCGCGGUGAAGAAGCAGCCGGCGGCGAAGCAGGAGCCCGCUGCUGCUGCGGAGCAGCAGCAGCAGCAGCAGCAGCAGCAGCAGGAAGAAGAGAUCGAGGGGACUUUCUACACUGAAGGCAGCAGCAAGCUGCUGGCGUUCCGGCGGGCGUGCGCAGCAGCAAGUGCAGCAGCAGCAGCAAAACGACUGCAGCAGGAGCUGCUGCAGCGGCAGCACGCGCAGCAGCUGCAGCAGCAGCGCAGCACUUGCUGCUUGCCCCCCACAAGUCCCAUUCUUGAUGCAAUUUAUUUUAAUAAAUUUAUUCAAUCUAAAAUGCAACUUGCUGCUUCUGUUGUUGCUGACGAGCGGCCCCUCACUUGCUGCAGGUUCGCGCCUUCCACGGCCCUCGCAGCAGCAGCAGCAGCAGCAGCAGCAGACGCAGCAGCAGCAGCAGCAGCAGCAGCAGCAGCAGCAAGGGGGGAGGCCGCGGCCGCGCAGCGCAGCAGCGACUCCGCCGCCCCCGCCCAAGCCGCCGACGCCAACAGCAGCAGAGUCUGCUGCUCGCUAGCGGUGCAGCAGACGCGACAAUCGCUCUGUACGAUUUGGGAAAACUGGCGAAGGAAGAAGUUAAGGGACUUGCUGCUGCUGCUGCGCAGCAGCAGCAGCUGCAGCAGCAGCAGCUGCUGCAGCAGCAGCUGCUGGUCGGCAACCUCAAGGGCCACGAAGACCGAGUCAACAAAGUCGUCUUCCACCCCACAGGUGCCGCGCCUUAGGCUCCACUUCCCACGACGAGACUUGGCGGCUGUGGGACUUGGAGACGCAGCAGGAGAUUUUGCUGCAGGAGGGUCACAGCAGCGGGGUGUACGGGCUUUGCUUCCACCCCGACGGCUCUUUGGCAGUGUCUUCGGACUUGGGGGGAUUUGUGAAAGUUUGGGAUUUAAGAAGUGGCAGAGGAGUUUUGGACUUGGGAGCUCACGUGCAGCAGAGUCUUGCGGUGUCUGUACACCCCGUGUGCAGCAGCUGGCUGGCCACUGCAGCAGCAGACAACUCCGUCAAGCUCUGGGACCUCCGCCGGCCCCCGCCGCAGCCUGCUGCUGCAGCAGCAGCAGCAGCAGCAGCAGCAGCAGCAGCAGCAGCGCAGCCGCUGCUGACCAUCCCCGCGCACACCAAAAUGGUCAAAGAGUGUCUUUUCGAGCCCGAGACCGGCAGGUGUAUGUACACCGCAGGCUUCGACGGACUCGUCAAGGUUUGGUCUUGUUUGGACUUUUCUUUGCAGAAGAGUUUGUCAGCUCAUGGCAGAGUGAUGGGGCUGGAUGUCCUCAGCAGCAGCAGCAGCAGCAGCAGCAGCAGCAGCAGCAGCAGCAGCAGCAGCAGCGGGGGGGGAGGGGAUGUGGUCGCGAGUGUGGGGUUCGACCGCACUUGGAAGCUCUGGCACUGCGGCGAGCUGUACGUACACCGCGGCGACCGCGAACUGCAGCAGCAGCAGCAGCAGCAGCAGCAGCAGCAGCAGCAGCAGCAGCAGCAGGGCGCCGAUUAGAGCUUUGUUUGCGCCGUUUUGCUGCUGCAGUUGCAUGUAUUUCCUUUAUUUUACUUAUUUUUGGCUUUUUGCAAAAAAAAAGAACAAAAAAACUCCUUUUAAACUCCUUUUAA